AUGGUUCAAGAAUGUUGUACUUAUAUAGACAAAAUGCCUAACAAAGAAACUAUGGUGAAACUGAUAGAAACUCUUCGUUCGGUUACAGAAGGAAAGGUGGAAACAUAUGGCAGUAUGUCACGUCGAGAAAAGGCUUCUCUUAUCUUAGAACAGAUGAGACUUUGUUUGGCAAAACAAGAUUUCAUGAGAACUCAAAUCAUAGCAAAGAAAAUUAACGUCAAGUUUUUCAGUGACGAGAACGAUGAGGAAACUCAGACACUGAAAUUAAAAUAUUACGAUUUGAUGAUGGAAUUAGCGCGUCAUGAAGGUUGGCAUUUGGAGUUGUGUCGACAUAAUCGAGCAGUAUUGGAAACUCCAACAAUUCGAGACGAUCCAGAGAAAAGACAUAUUGCACUUUCUCGAGCUGUCCUCUAUCUUGUACUCGCACCGCAUGAGCCUGAGCAGGCUGAUCUAACUCAUAGAUUACUUGCUGAUAAACUCCUUGAUGAGAUACCCACUUACAAGUAA